AUGUUACACAGGUUCGUGGAACUAAAAGAUGAAAUUAAAUGUGCACUCAGUAAUCUAGACACAGGUAAUUUAAUUAUGUUGACCAGUUAUGAAUGGGAUAUAUGUCAGUCGUUGAUCAUAGUGUUGCAACCGUGUGAAGAAGUGACGAGAGAAACGAGCGGCCAAAGAUAUGUAAGUGGAAGCUCAGUCAUUCCGUUAACAAUUGGUCUCACCAGCGCUCUCAACGAGAUCGCCAGUCUGACAUAUCGGCAAGAAAAUAACAUUCACGUUUUCCCUGAUGAAGUUGAAAUGUGCCGACAGGAUCUCCUCUCAGAAAUAAGCACGCGAUUUUCUAAUUUGGAACAGAGUCGAACCUACACUGUUGCUAUGUUUUUAGACCCAAGGUAUAAGUUAUACUUUGAGAGUGAAAACGUUGCGUACAAUACGAAAAAGCAUAUCAUAGGCCUAGUAACCACUAUGAUUAAUGAAAAUGAAAGAUGUCAGUCUUUAGCAUCAACUUCUGAUGAGCCAGAUAACCAGAGACAAAAAUCUAACAGUCUGUUAUGGAAGCACUACAACAGGCAAAUGCAAAAUGUACGACCAGCUGGAACCGCCAAUAGCAGGGCAAUCAUUGAAACCCAAAAAUAUCUAGAUGACACAGUUUUGUCUCCAGAUAUGGAUCCUUUGGAGUGGUGGCGAAUAAAUCAGUCAAUUUAUCCAAAUUUAGCUAAACUAUCCAAAAUAAAAUUAAACGCAAUGGCCUCUAGCGUGCCUUGUGAACGGUUGUUUUCCGUAGCAGGGAACAUACUAACGGAGAGGAGGACCCGUCUGGGGAGUCGUAAAGUAGAACAGUUAUUGUUUCUACAACGAAAUAAAAAAUAA